UUCUGCCGCUCCCGGCCCGCGAGGUGGUAACAGUGGGGGAGCGAUUUGUGCGCGCGCCCCGGAGCGGAGCAGGGAGGGAGUGCCAUUACUGUUCGGUGCGGUGUGGGUGCCGAGUGAGUGAGGUGCAGAGAUAAGGAAGCUGCAGGCGACAUCUCUCUCCAAUGGCGAGGGGAUAGGGGAGAGGCCGGUGGGCGCUGGGGGGCAAUGCCGUGUCUCUCUCUUCUCGAAUAACAAGUGCGUGUUUAAAGUGAUCAAGCUGACUGGUAUUCAACAGGAUGGACGGAAAAGGCUUGUUUGUGGAAACAGGGAUGAAGGAGGAGGACAUUGCAACAAUGCUGUUCGGGAAGAAAGUUGCCGAGCUGACAGAAGACACAUUUGAUGGUUCCAAGGGAGAAAGACAGAUCUUUGAGGGUGUCUUCUGUCUCACAAGCACCGUGGGAGUAAUCGAUCAUCAUGUCAAUGGCAGUGGACAGGUUGCAGACGCAGGAGAAGCACCGGCAACAGCUAGCACACCAUCGAGCUCUGCCCCCAAUUACAAGACGGUGUGUCGCAUAGUCGAGUCCUUUACUUCUGGCAAUCUAUCAAGCUACCAUGUAUUCUGUCCUGGUGCCGAUCAACAGGCGCACAAAUCAACGCCUUCUCCUGAUUCCAGCCCUCCCGAGUUGAAGGUACAGUGGACGCCUCCUUCCACUGAUAAGGUGUACACUCGCAGGGCGGUGACUCGCAGGAGCGAGAGAGCAAGACUUUGCAGCGCUCUGGGUGUGGAGAGAGUUGACAUUAGCAAUGUUGGUCGCCAAAGGUAUGCCCGUGGCUAUGGAGUGCUUUGGAAUAAUCUCCGUCUGCACGCACAUCUUCUGAUGGUGGAUGCUGGAUGGAAGAUCGAGGGCAAGGAAAGGGAGGACAAGAGUAAGGUUGAUCACGUUUAUGAGUCACCUGACAAAGUAACGCGCCUGUUUUCUCUUCCCAGGGCUUGGAAAUGCUUUGGUCAGUGGUUACUUAUGAAUUCUUCUAGCUUUUAUAGAAACGAGUCAAAUGACUAUGGAAAGGAAUGGCUUAACUUGCAUGACUUUCUGUAUGAUUUGAAGAACACAUUGCUAUGCUUACAAUAUGAGGUCCAGCGUCCGAAGCAAUCUCUGUCAUUCCUCCACCAGUGGUACCUCCUUGAUCCUUUCAUGGCAGUAGUUUGUAUUGAUAAGAAGGUCGCAGCUCUUAAGAAUGGAGUGGCACUCAAAGCUAUGAACAGCACUGUUACAUUCCUCAGUCGUAACAAGUGUAAGUUGUUGAGUGCCAGGAAUGCAGGCAGUCCACUUGGGCUCAACUGCACAAGUAAUUAUAACAAUGCACAUCCCAGAUCACGAAAAAGUCUUCUGCCACUUCUCUCCGAUGGCCAGCCUGGUAUGGAAGGAAAUUUUGUCUGCAACAAACAAUCUUCUAUGUUUGGAACAAACAAGCCUGGCGAAUAUAAAGCUGAUCAGCAAUUGUUUUUCAUGUCAGAAAUAAAUGGAAGAAGCAUAAGAAGCACAGCUCAUUGUAUAGCGAUGGACCUCCACGAUGCAACAGCUCUUCUCGGCUCAAGGCAAACUUGUUUGAGCAGGAAGAAGAAACUUCCGUGCAUCAAGACUAAAGUGGAACAGCAAGAUGAAGACAAGUCUGACCCACUAUACUUCCCACCCAAUUAUUCUUCAGCUUCAGGUGACCUGGUUGAAAAUGUUCAAAUAAAUGAUUCGAGUUCUCAUGUCUAUGAAACCACAGAAGUUGUCGAUGUGGACAAUUCUGCAGAUAGUCCUGAUGAGAUGCUCCUAGGAGAGAAUUUGCUGUUUUCUCAGGAGGUUGACGAGAUGCUAAUUGGAAUAUCAGAUGAUAUCAACAAUGAACAGCAUGAUGCUGCAGCUGUCUCUGAGCCCCAAGCGGCAAAUAAAGAUGCCGGGGAUGGACCUUCUGAUGCAUCAUCAGUACCACCAGAAAACGAUACAUACUUGGGAGGUAAUAAAGAUGGUAUUGCUAACGAACAUCAUGAUGCUGAGGUUGUCUGUGAGCUCCAACCAGCAAAUAAAGACGCAGGCGAUGAACCCUCUGUUGCAUUAUCUCUACUAUCAGAAAGGGAUACGGACUUGGAAGCUAAAAAGAUGAGUUUAGAAGAUCCGACAAAAACAGGUCAGUUAUCAUCUGACGCCGCUGGCCGUUCAUUGGUAAUCUCAGAGCCACAAGUAUUGUUUGUGUCCCCUCAAGAUGGGUCUCUUUCUUUCAUGAACAACAGUACAUGCAGCCAAGAGAUGUGGAGUUGCCUCAAUGCUUCCCAUGACACCAUGGGCACUAACAUGCAGCUGGACAUUGACACAUCAGUUUACGAGGCAAGCUUAAUACAGGGUUUCUUAUACCUUGACAGUGAGGGUUCUCCAAUAUGUUGGACGGUAAUGAACCCAGAGCCUCCCAGGCAGUUGAUCCGUGCUGCUUGUUUGGAACCAAACUCAAAGGUGUCAGAACACUAUGGUGAAAUGAACAUGAAGAAUGAUGCAUCAACAUCUGAACACAAGCAAAUAUCAGAAUCCGGCUCAAGUAAUAAGGGGCGAAAGAGGCCCAACAAGACUGCAGAUAUCCAAGACAAUGUCAGUAGAAAGAAACAGAAAGUGAAUGAGGCUCCUUUAAGUAAUUGUGUGAGUCAGUAUAUGGAUAAUAUAAAUGACAAACCUAUUGGUCCUGUAGUUCUCAAUGAGGAAGAACAGACAGGUACAGCGAUAAUUGAGCAGGUUCCUUUGAAUCUACUGCCCGAGAAUAAGGAUGACAAGGAUCAAGUUGAGCAAUGCAGCGAACAUUCAAAACAACUCGUGUUGGAAGAAUCACUCAAAAAGGAUGCCAAAAAGGGAAAGGAAACAAGGUCACACAAAUGCAAGUUUGAUGAUGAUGAUCUUCUGAUGAUAGCUGUAAUACAUAGGCUGACCACACGUUACAGAAACCGGUUUAGUCGAAGGCUCACAAAUAAACUUGGUUACAGGCGUCUUCCAAGAUCUCGCUGGGAGAGUGAAGAGAAAGGUGACAGGAAGAAGUUUCCUAGAGGAGCAAGAACAGUGUUGAACAAGUUACUUGAAAUGGGCAUUGUUGCUAGAGUGAAUAUUCUUCAAUAUCGAGGUCCAGGAGGCAAAAAUGUGUUAAAGGAUGGGAAUAUAACUAAGAACGGCAUUCGAUGCCGGUGCUGUGGCACCACAUUUACAAUGUCCAAGUUUAAGUGUCAUGCAGGUCUCAAGCAAGAAAUUCCAUCUCUGAAUCUUUUCUUGGGUUCAGGUAAAUCAUACAGUUUUUGCCAGCUUCAAGCAUGGUCUAUCGAGCAAAAGGUGAGGAAAGAGCGUGCAAAAGAUACUAUAUCACUCCAAGCAGAUCAAAACGAUGAUACCUGUGGAUUAUGUGGCGAUGGUGGUGAACUGAUAUGCUGUGACAGUUGUCCUGCUAGUUACCAUCAAGCAUGCUUGCCUUGCCAGGAUAUUCCAGAUGGCAGCUGGUACUGCUCUAACUGCCUUUGCGAUAUUUGUGGGGAAGUGACCAAUUCAAAGGAGCUCAGAACUUCCCUACCCGCUUUAAAUUGCUCACAGUGUGAACGUCAAUAUCAUGUAAAAUGCAUAUCUGGUAAGGUUUUAUGCAAUGGGGAAGGUGGACCUGGUACCUGGUUUUGUGGAAGAAUAUGCCAGCAGAUUUUUACGAACUUACGUUCUCGUGUUGGAGUGCCUGACCACAUGGAUGAUGGUCUUUCGUGCACCAUUCUUCGCAACAAUGGUGAUCAGAAGGUUCGUGCAGCUGCGGAGAUUUCUCUCAUGGCAGAAUGCAAUAUGAAAUUAAUGAUUGCCUUGAGUAUUAUGGAAGAAUGCUUCUUACCUAUCUUAGAUCCGAGGACAGGGAUAGACAUCAUUCCCUCUAUAUUAUAUAACUGGAGGUCUGACUUUAUACAUUUGGAUCACAAGGGGUUCUAUACUGUAGUCUUGGAAAAUGAUGACAGCAUCAUAUCUGUGGCAUCCUUCAGGUUACAUGGUGCCAUUGUAGCAGAAAUGCCUCUAAUAGCUACUUGUACAGAGAAUCGUCAACAGGGGAUGUGCAGGCGCCUCAUGGAUUACAUUGAGGAGAUGCUGAAAUCCCUGAAAGUUGAGAUGCUGCUUCUAUCUGCAAUUCCACACCUAGUGGACACAUGGACAUCGGCAUUUGGGUUCAGAGAGAUAGAUGAUUCUGAUAAGAAGAAGCUAAGUAAGGUAAGGCUGGCCUCAGUGCCAGGAACUGUUCUACUGAAGAAGAACCUGUAUGAGUGUUCAGGCACUGACACCGGUGAGCUGCCAAGCCCUAAACCCUUCAAAGUUUACUCACGCAUGCCAAGAAACCGCACCGGUUUGAAUAUACUGUGCCAAUAAAAUGACGCAGAGGAUGGCAUGGGAUACCUCUCGUGUCGUGACCAGUCAGUCCCUGAAGACAGCAGCGGAUCGUCACGCAGGGCCUCCUGUUGUCGGGACCGAGCAGCAUCAGCCGUCUGAAGUUUCCACGCUAGUUUGUGAAGUGGGAAACCUCAUUGACAAGCUAGGAAUUCUGAAGAUCACUUCAUCCUGUGCAACUGCAAACCCUCCAUCAGCUGGUAGUCUUUGUAAAUGUAAGUGCAACGAUCAUUCUGUAAAAUCUGUCACUGUCGACGAGAAUCCCAUGAAUGUAAACUGCGGCCUCCGGCGGCCCGAGUCCUGAACCUGUAUGAGGAAACUGACUGUUAGUGCCAGUUCUUUCCCAGGCAUAACUUUGACACGA